UAAGCUUCCGAUUGUCAUGGAAACACAGACUUAUCUUAUCAAUGCUUCUCAAAAGCAGGUCAGCGGCAAGAUAGGGGAUGCCGAAAGAGCUUAAAUAGAACCCCCAAAUCCUAUCUUGUCAGAAACUAACUCCAUCUUCAUCCAGCUAACGUCUUUGACCAAUCUCGUCAAUCGAAUCUGGAUACCUAUCAACUGUUCAAAGACUGUAUCUCACACAACGAUUCCAUCUUGUUUGAGCUUGAAUUAGUCAACACAAUUUCAUCUUUUGACAACUCAAGGAUAGAAGCUUUGACAUACUUUGUCUUUGGUAUUGUCUCCUGGGUAUAAAGUCUAGUAGCGCAGUCACAAUGCCUUGCUUUGACGAUAACGGUCCUAUCUGCGCCCCACUUGAUGGAGAGCAUUCCUCUGGUUCAGGCGGUGUCGUAGAUGUCACAGACGAAGCGUUUGCUAUGAAGUUGAAUAAUCUUCCCGCAAGCAUGGCGUACUGCUCCAUCGGUGAAUUCUAUGCCGGCAAGACGUUGAUGAUCACCGGUGCCACAGGCUUCAUCGGUAAGGUGAUGCUGGAGAAGCUCAUGAGAUGCUGCCCAGACAUCAAGAAAGUCUUCCUCCUCAUCAGGCCCAAGUCAGGCCAGAGGGCGGCUGCUCGUAUCCAGGAGAUCACUGCUGGCUUGUUAUUCGACAAAGUGAGGGAAGCCCAGCCCAACUUCCAGUCCAAACUGAUCGCCAUCGAUUGCGACCUGACAGAACCGGACCUUGCCUUGAAGGAAGAAGAUAUCAAGACGCUACAAGAGGAAACAGAGCUCGCGUUCCACGUCGCCGCCACCGUCAGAUUCGAUGAGAAAUUAUCGCUAUCCCUACACCUGAAUGUAUACGCCACCAAAAAGAUCCUCCAACUGGCUCAAGGGAUGAAGAAAUUACUGGUAUUUCAACACGUCUCAACUGCCUAUGCCAAUUGCGACAGAUCGAGGAUAGAAGAAGUCGUCUACCCUCCUCCCGUCGACCCAUACAAGAUGUUGGAUGCCGUAGAAUGGAUGUCAGAAGACAUGAUCCAGACAUUGACCCCCAAGCUCCUGGGGAAGAGACCAAACACAUACACCUUCACUAAGGCUCUGGCGGAGUACGUUGUUAUGGAGGAGGGCAAGGGCAUGCCAAUCUGCAUCACAAGGCCGUCCAUCGUCGGGGCAUCUUGGAAGGAACCUUUCCCCGGAUGGAUCGAUAACUUCAAUGGCCCAAGUGGAGUCUUUAUUGCUGUCGGCAAAGGCUUGCUGAGGACGAUGAUCGGUGAUGCGGACGCUGUCGUCGAUAUCUCUCCCGUUGAUUUUGUAGUCAAUGCAAUGAUCGGUGCAACGUGGCAUACAGGUGUCCAUAAACCUGCCAACAUCCCAAUCUACAACUUGGUCACCAGUCCUGUCAACCCAAACAGAUGGGGAGACGUAGAAAUCAUCCCAGACCUCUACAACAGAAUUCCCCUCGAGAAGGUGUUCAGACGACCCAGAGCAGCACUCACUAAAUACCCACUAGCCUUUGAAUAUGUCAACCUGGUGAGUGCUAAGAUCCCAGCAUACAUCAUGGAUUGCGCUCUAAGGUUACAAGGAAAGAAACCUCAGAUGAUGAAGGUAAACAGCAAGAUCACCAAGAUGGUGCACACUCUGAAGUACUUCACCAACAACACGUGGGAAUGGACCAAUCAGAACACUAUAGCCCUCUCGGCGGCUAUGAGCGAGGAGGAUCGGAAGGUGUACUUCACGGACGUGAGACCACUCCAUUGGCCGACCUACCUAGAAGCCUACUGCCUUGGCACCAAGAAAUACGUUCUUAAAGAAGACAUGAAUGACAUCCCGGCAGCACGCAGCCAUCUCAAAAUGUUGCGUAACAUCCGAUGGACGUUCAACACCGUUCUCCUAGUCGUCUUCUGGCGCGUUCUCAUCGCCCGCUCUCAGCUCGCCCGCAACCUCUGGGCAUUCGUCAUCAACAUCUUCUUCAGAUUCCUGCGCUACUGCCGCGUGACGAGCACCAUCGCUCGCACCCAUUGAGCGCGACCGACCCAACGAGGGCGCCACAACCGUGGUGCCAGUCUUUUGAUGAUUGGACGAUCCCGCCAUUUGUAUAGCAUGAACUGAAGCGGUGUUCGUCUUCUUUAUUUCUGACGUGCAAUGCUCCGUCGAGGGUCGAUGGUACCUCGCUAGAUGUUGUAUACUUCUAUAUUUCCUGCACUGACUCUAGACGGCCAGUAAAGUGGCCACUGUAGACGUGUGGCAUUUCUGAAGCAGUCCUACUACAUGUAUUAAUUCGAUGAGGUAGACCGAUGGAGUGGUCGCUGUAGACUGUAGCCUUGAUAGAGACAUAGCCAAUGUAGACAGGUGGCCUUUCUGAACAGGCUCUAUCAAUCAUGUUACUUUCUCUAGAAAGAUAAUAUUGGUGUUGGCUAUUAGUAGACAUACGGACACUGUAGAAGGGUGGCCUGUACAGAGCAUUUAACACAAAGACAGGUUUGACUAAUACAUUUUUUUUCCUUCUUUUUGUUGAGUAAAGCUCCUCCAUUUAAGAUGAGGAGUGUUUGGAAGCUGGACCUAGACUGUUUCUAGACAAGUUUGUCAGGUUUAGCGUAGGGAUCAAGCGCAAAGUACAUACGUGCAACAUAUCUUGCACCUUAAAGGGUUAUCAUCUACAUUACUAUAUUCUUUAGUCCUGACAUACCGACACUUCUCUAUUUAUGUCUUCAAGUAAUGACAUGUAAAUUAUUCACUCGUGGGAGAGAAAAAAGUACAGUAAACUUACAAUGAUUCUCUCUAUGCUCAUGAAAAUCACCAUGAUUUGAAAACUCAGGCACAAGAGCAUGAGUCAUGACUUGGAUAAUUUAUGUGCAUG